UAUCGGACAUUCGCCAUAUUUCAUGGUUGCUCCGUUGGGAGUCAGAUCGUGGUAAGGGGUUUAGUGAGAGUUUUUCAGUUAAAACCAGGAGUUUUAUCGGUUUUGGGACAAUAUUUAGUUAUUAUAUGAUUUCGUCAGUGAAAGAGUUUAUAGAGAUUGAGAAAUGUCUACUGACGUGCAAACAGUUGAUACUGGACUUGACAAACAGUCCCGGCGGCGUAGCAAGGAUACGGAAAAAGCCCAUCGGCGAUCCUCCAAUUUCCAGAACAAGAAAUUCAAACAUGACCACAAAUUCCGAAAGAAGAUUGCCGCUAAUGGGAAGUUCUUUCCUCCCUACAAGAAGCGCAACAAAGACUUCAUCAUUCCACCCACCAAAUUUCUACUGGGUGGGAACAUUACUGAUCCACUGAACCUCAAUAGUCUUCAGGACGAAGAUAUAAACAGAGCAAUGAAUGCUGUGACGCCAAAAUCGUCGCCUUUGCCUACACCAAAGCACAGAAAAGGAGAGAUUGAAGUGAUAAUUCCUCCUGAUAUCACAGAUCCUUUGAACCUCAUAGCUGGGGACGAUGACGCUACUUAUGAGGCCAUGUUAAUAUCUCCCGUCAAGAAAAAUGCCAAGAAGCAGAAGAACAAGAAGAAACGGCAUAGAAAUAACCGGGCAUCGUCUGGCCCAGGUUCGGGGAAGGAGGACUCAAUCGAAGGGGCCAAGCUAGAUGAAACGGAAACUCCUCCCGCCAAAGAAGAGAGUGCUGAACUCAAGGGUGAAGCGAAUAAAGAUGUUAAAACUGAGGAUGAAACUAAAGACACAAAAGAAACGCCUCAAGGGCCACCGCCUGCAAAGCGCCACAAGUGUGAACACAACAAUAGAGCCAACCUGCGCAAGAUUGAGCUGAAGGAAAGGAAAGCCGACUUGGACAAGAUAGUGAGUCCUGUCAUUCCACAACCAGGGGCUUGGAAUGACCGUCACCGCUUUAGGCCACCUCAACGCACACCUCAGCUAGACAAGUCACAGGCCAAGGAGAUGCCUAAAUUCAAGGAAAAGGAUGCUAAGUUCCAGUUUGGCAACUAUUGCAGGUAUUACGGCUAUCGGAAUCCUCAUCAUGGGCCGGACACGAGGCUCAGAUUGUUUGAGAAGCACAAACACCUGUUUGAAGGAAAAGAUGUUCUGGACAUUGGUUGCAACACGGGCCACCUGACAUUGGCAGUGGCGCGAGACUUGCGUCCUAACCGCGUGGUCGGCAUGGACAUCGACCGCUCACUCAUUAAGGCCGCACGGUCCAACAUCAGGCAUUACGUUAACUGCGGCAGGGAGGAUAAGUUCUUCCCUGUUUCAAUGCCGAUUGUGUAUGGUCCGAUUGAAAUACCCGGUGUGAAUGAAGAGAAAGGCUUUCCUCACAAUAUUACCUUUGUUCACGGUAACUAUGUGCUGGAGUCUGACGUACUGGUAUCGCUAGAACAGCCUCAGUUUGAUGUGAUCCUGUGUCUGAGCAUCACCAAGUGGAUCCAACUCAACUGGGGUGACGCGGGGCUCAAGCGAGCAUUCAAGCGCAUGUUCGCCCAGCUACGCCCUGGAGGCGUACUCAUACUGGAGGCGCAGACCUGGAGCUCGUAUAAACGCAAACGCAACCUCACACCGGAAACAUGGAAGAAUUACCACGCCAUGGAGUUGUUUCCCCACCACUUCAGCCAGUACCUGUUGACGGAGGUGGGUUUCAGCAAGUGUGAGGUGAUGGGAGCCCCGGUACAUCCAGUGAAGGGGUUCCAGCGACCAAUCCAAAUGUAUAUUAAAGAGGACCCUUCGUUUGACACCCCUCGCCCCCUUGGUAACAACACUGAGAGGUUUGAAAGCUACAGUUUCCGGCUGCCCGACAGCGUUCAUUGCUCUGAAGACCUCAGCGGAGACAGUAACUUCCCCUACGAGACCCCCAACUCAUUCAACUCGCCAGAGAGUGGGUUUUCCGAGGGAUUACACCCGAGGAGGUAUCCCAUGAGGUUUCCUAUGUUCGAUAUCAUGGUGGGUGGAGGAGGAGGAGGGGAAGGACCGAGUACCUCAGAGGAAAACACUGCGUUGUCAGCUGAUUCUAGCAGCCAGGAGAAUGUCACCUGUCAGGAAGAUGACCAACAACAAGAAUUAAGUGAACAGAAUGAACAGAAAGAGACAAUUCCAAAGAAUGAAGUUGUACAGGAAGAGAUAAGUGAAAGUGAUAUGGUCGUUGAACAGGAAAAGACAAAUGAACAUGAUGAACAGAAAGAGACAAUUCCAAAGGAUGAAGUUGUAAAGGAAGAGAUAAGUGAAAGUGAUAUGGUUAUUAAACAGGAAAAGACAAAUGAAGAGGAUGAACAGAAAGAUACUAUUCCAAAGGAUGAAGUUGUACAGGAAGAGAUAAGUGAAAGUGAUAUGGUUGUUAAACAGGAAAAGACAAAUGAAGAGGAUGAACAGAAAGAUACUAUUCCAAAGGAUGAAGUUGUAAAGGAAGAGAUAAGUGAAAGUGAUAUGGUUGUUAAACAGGAAAAUACAAAUGAACAUGAUGAACAGAAAGAGACAAUUCCAAAGGAUGAAGUUGUAAAGGAAGAGAUAAGUGAAAGUGAUAUGGUUGUUAAACAGGAAAAUACAAAUGAACAGGAUGAACAGAUAGAUACUAUUCCAAAAGAUGAAGUUGUACAGGAAGAGAUAAGUGAAAGUGAUAUGGUUGUUAAACAGGAAAAGACAAAUGAAGAGGAUGAACAGAAAGAGACAAUUCCGAAGAAUGUAGUUGAACAAGAAGAGAUACGUGAAGAGUAUGGUGUUGAUGAAAAAGUGAAGGAAAGUAAAAAAGAUCUGGUAGGUGAACAGGAUGAAAUAAGAGAACAGGAAAGUGGAGAUAAACAAGUUGAGAUGAAUGAACAUAAUACAGAGGAGAUGAAUUUAGGCAAUGAACAAGAAAAUGUAUCCGAAGCAAUUAAGCAAAAGACAAUGGACGGAUGCCAAGUGGAUGUCAGUGGGCCUGUGAUUUUUGAGAAAACAAGUGAACAAGAACGAUGUGAAAAUGAGAGGGUUAGUUCUAAAACCAAAGAUAAUAGUAACCAAACUACCAAAAAAGAUGACAGAGAUAUUGAUUUAGUCAUCGGAGAAGUUGUUGAUAAUCAGUAAUCUGAAGGGAAACAGAAAAAGAAAGGCUAAAUAGUUAUUUCAGCCUUGUGGAGAGAGUACCUACGAUAAAUAGGGGAACUGUAUUUUAAGUGAUAUUUUGCUAAAGCAAAUAAUUUUGAGUUUUCUUUAGUUUCCUUGGAGUAUUUUUCAGACUCAGCAAAGACCUUUAAACCCUAACCUGUUAUAUAUGUAUAUGAUGAACAUUGUUUUCUUUUCAAAGGAAGUAUAUAUGCUUUUUUCAUUGUCCUGUAAAUAGUGAAAAAUAUUGUAUAAAAAAUAUACAUUUCACUUGUAAAUAAAUAUUGUUUUGUUAUAUCUUGUUAUCUAUGCAGUUAGUUAAAGAUGUAUUUAAUUAGUUUUUUAUGUAAACAAAUUAAAAUAACUUAACAUUUAAGUAAAAAUUAAAAUCAACUUUGUUUUUAAGAAAAAAGUUCUGUUGAAUGAUUUUGUCAACAAAUUGUAGCAAAAAGCAACUGUCGGUAUUUAAAAUAACAACGACUCAGUAUUUUACUUCCAUUCUAGUAACAGUCACUAAACGUUUUAUUUUAUUUUAAUUAUUUAUUGUUAAAAAUUUUACAAAGGUUACAAAAACAGGAUAGUUUUACUUAUUUGCCUGAAUUCUUUAAUUACUUAGGUACAUACUUAACAGAACUGCACAUCAUAAUAAGUUAGUUUUAGCCUUUUUUAAUACACUUAACAGCCUACUGGUUGCACAUUUUUUCAUCAUACUGUCCGGAAAGCAGCCGUUUUUAGUUAUCUUAAUCGUCCGCAAAUUCAUAGUUUUCGGGUAACUUCAAAUAGAAAACAGAAAAAAAACAUAUGGUAAUUUUUUUGUUUCGCU